UUGCCAUGGGUGCGCAGCUUCCGCUUCCGCCUUCCUUGGUACGGGUUCUCCGGUGGAGGCGGCGAUGGCGGCGGCCUCGUCCUCCUCCUCCUCCUCCUCAUCUUCCUCAUCUUCCUCUUCUUCCUCCUGCUCCUCCUCGGCGGCGGCGGGCUGCCGGGAGGGCCCGGCGGUGGCGGCAGGGCCCGGUUGGAGCGACUCCCAGUUCCGCCGUUACUCCUUCGAGACGCGGCCCAUCCCGCGGCUCAGCCACAGCGACCCCCGCGCCGAGGAGCUCAUCGAGAACGAGGAGCCAGUGGUGCUGACAGAUACGAAUCUGGUUUAUCCUGCUCUGAAAUGGGACCUGGACUACCUCCAGGAAAACUUUGGCAAUGGGGACUUCUCAGUGUAUAGUGCCAGCACACACAAGUUUUUGUACUAUGAUGAGAAGAAAAUGGCCAAUUUUAAGAACUUCAAACCCAAGUCAAGUAGGGAAGAAAUGAAAUUUGCCGAGUUUGUGGACAGGCUCAAAGAAAUACAACAAAAAGGGAGUGCUGAGAG